CCAGGACAGGUGUGGCAAUGGGACACAGCAGUGGCUUCUUCAUGCAGUGGCGGCACCUGGAGUGGGAAGGGCAGGACCAUCGUCAUCCUCUUGGUAGCAGGAGGGGUUGUCUGCUAUGGCAGGUGUGGUGUACCCCAGACAGGCCCCUUUGGAUUUAGACAUAUACAAGAGCUCCUACAUGGUUGACUACCAACCCUACGGGAAGCACAAGUACUCCAGAGUCACACCACAAGAGCAAGCGAAGCUGGAUGCCCAACUCCGGGAGAAAGAAUUUUAUAGGGCCAUCCCCAGCUCUAAACCCAAGCUAGAGGAUGGAUACCCCGCCUUCAGAAGACUCCACAUGACUGCCAAAGACCUGGGACAGCCCGGCUUCUUCCCCCGGCAGGACCAGGACCACGUGGCCACAGCGGAGGACGAGUGCAGGUUCACCAGUAUCUGCCAUUCCAUGUACCCCGUUUCCCAUGCCCUGUAUCUGGCCCGGGGUACCCCUAACCGGGUCCGCCAAAGUGCCGGCUUUCCGUGCCUCCUGGAGCCGGAGCUCCAGCCUGCGCCGGAGGAGGGCAAGGGCUACUUUCUACUGCCUGGCUGCCUAUGUCCGUAUCACCAUAAAGUCAAGUUCCCCGUCUUGAACCGAUGGGGGCCCUUGAUGCCAUUUUACCAGUAGGAAGGGUGAGAUCGCCCUCAGGGGCCCUAGGGACAGCCUCCCUCUCACAAAGGCAAUCCUUGCACGGCACUUGGAGACUAGACAGGAGGGCUGAAAAUAAAACCCUGGA